GCGGGCUAGACUGAGGCUAGUUACCACGUCAGUGAGCUGACAGGGAAGGUAUCCGGCUUUUACCGGCGGUCCCGGCUAACUCCUGCUGCCGGCCGUGUGGUCCCACGCCGACUUCGACCUCCACCUGCAGAGUGCAGGCUCCUUCCCCUUUCCCAUCUGCCGCCAGAACCGGGAGAACCACUCGGAGACGCCUCCGGGAAGCCGGACUAGACAUGAGCAGCGGCUGCGGGUCCUGGGACUAGGCCCCGCCAUUUUGGAUCCGCUGACAGGUUUGCCAGGAUGGUGGAUAAAAAUAUUUACAUCAUUCAAGGGGAGAUUAACAUUGUGGUUGGGGCCAUCAAACGAAAUGCCCGAUGGAGCACCCAUACACCACUGGAUGAAGAACGGGACCCUCUGCUGCAUAGCUUCAGUCAUCUCAAGGAGGUUCUAAACAGUAUAGCAGAACUGUCAGAGAUUGAGCCCAAUGUAUUCCUUCGUCCUUUUCUGGAAGUGAUUCGCUCUGAAGACACCACCGGCCCCAUCACUGGACUGGCACUUACUGCCGUCAACAAGUUCCUGUCCUAUGCACUUAUAGAUCCUACUCAUGAGGGCACAGCAGAGGGCAUGGAGAAUAUGGCAGAUGCUGUCACUCAUGCCCGUUUUGUGGGCACAGAUCCUGCCAGCGAUGAGGUUGUCCUGAUGAAAAUCCUUCAGGUUCUACGGACCCUGUUGCUGACUCCAGUGGGUGCCCAUCUAACCAAUGAAUCUGUGUGUGAGAUUAUGCAGUCUUGCUUCCGGAUCUGUUUCGAAAUGAGGCUCAGUGAGUUAUUGAGAAAAUCCGCAGAGCACACUCUCGUAGACAUGGUGCAGCUGCUCUUCACAAGGUUACCUCAGUUUAAAGAAGAACCCAAGAGCUAUGUUGGGACCAACAUGAAAAAGAUUUCUCCAUGUCUCCUCAACAAACUGGAGCUAAGUAGUGGGGAGCAGACCAAAGCCCUGAACCAGUUAGAGAGGGUACUUCUCUUUAAGAACCUCAAGCUGAAAAUGAGAGCAGGAGGCAUGAGUGAUGCAUCCAAAUGGAAGAAACAGAAGAAAUCCCCCCGCCCCCCACGCCAUAUGACCAAAGUCAGCCCAAGUUCAGAGCUACACACUCCCAGUGGAACCACCUUGUCCUCUAACCUCACUGGUGGUAUGCCCUUCGUUGAUGUGCCUACUCCUGUCUCCUCUGUGAGUUCAGAAGCUGCCUCAGCAGUGGUCAGCCCCUCUACAGACAGUGGCCUGGAAUUUUCCUCCCAGACUACCUCCAAGGAGGAUCUCACUGACCUGGAACAACCUGGCUCUCCUGGCUAUAGCACCGCUCCUGAGUCUGGGAGCAAUGAGUCAGGGGUCCCUGAGCAGUCUGACCUCCAGCAGGAAAGGGCCCAAGUGGAAAAGGCCCAGUCAGCAUCCGUGGAAUCCAUCCCAGAAGUGUUAGAGGAGUGCGCCUCUGCUGCUGACCACUCUGACUCGGCCUCUGUCCAUGACAUGGAUUACGUCAACCCCCGGGGUGUGCGUUUUACACAGUCCUCCCAGAAAGAAGGCACAACUUUGGUUCCCUAUGGUCUGCCCUGCAUUCGUGAGCUCUUCCGCUUCCUUAUCUCCCUCACCAAUCCACACGACCGCCAUAACUCAGAGGUUAUGAUCCACAUGGGACUGCAUUUGCUGACAGUGGCCCUUGAAUCAGCUCCUGUGGCUCAGUGCCAGACGCUCUUGGGCCUCAUUAAGGAUGAGAUGUGUCGCCACUUAUUCCAGCUGCUCAGUGUAGAUCGACUGAACCUUUACGCUGCUUCCCUGCGAGUAUGCUUCCUGCUGUUUGAGAGCAUGCGGGAGCACCUCAAGUUUCAGCUGGAGAUGUACAUCAAAAAGCUCAUGGAGAUCAUCACUGUGGAGAACCCCAAGAUGCCUUACGAGAUGAAGGAGAUGGCACUGGAGGCCAUCGUGCAGCUGUGGCGCAUCCCAAGCUUUGUCACUGAGCUCUACAUCAACUAUGACUGUGACUUCUACUGUUCAAACCUCUUUGAAGACCUCACCAAGCUGUUGUCCAAGAAUGCCUUCCCUGUGUCGGGUCAACUCUAUACAACACACCUGCUGUCUCUUGAUGCCCUGUUGACAGUAAUCGACAGCACUGAGGCACACUGUCAGACCAAAGUCCUCAAUAGCCUCACCCAACAGGAGAAGAAAGAACCAGCCCAAGUCAGCCAUGAGGCAGUGGAUGUCACCCAAGAAGCUAGCAAUACUGAGAGAGCAGUCAGCGAUGGGAAGACUGUAAGCAUGGCCCCAGAUGUCCCAGGCCUGCAUCUGCCGAGUGGAGGGCAGCUGCCAGGAGAACAUGGAAAGCUGGGAUGCGGUGAUCUGGAGGAAUCUGGUGACUCUGGGGCUGACAAAAAGCUUACCAGGAAGCCACCUCGAUUUUCCUCUCUCCUGCCAGAUCCACGAGAACUAAUUGAAAUUAAAAACAAAAAAAAGCUGCUAAUCACUGGCACAGAGCAAUUUAACCAGAAGCCAAAGAAAGGGAUCCAGUUUCUACAGGAGAAAGGCCUUCUCACCAUCCCCAUGGACAAUACAGAGGUAGCCCAGUGGCUCCGAGAGAACCCUCGACUAGACAAGAAAAUGAUUGGAGAGUUUGUGAGUGACCGCAAAAACAUUGACCUGUUGGAGAGCUUUGUGAGCACCUUUAAUUUUCAAGGUCUGCGACUGGAUGAAGCUCUCCGCCUCUACCUGGAAGCCUUCCGUUUGCCUGGAGAAGCACCUGUCAUCCAUAGGUUGCUGGAGGCAUUCACAGAGCAUUGGAGGAAUUGUAAUGGCUCCCCAUUUGCCAAUAGCGAUGCCUGCUUUGCCCUGGCCUAUGCUGUCAUCAUGCUUAACACUGACCAGCACAACCACAAUGUUCGCAAACAGAAUGCACCCAUGACUCUGGAGGAGUUUCGCAAAAACCUAAAAGGUGUGAAUGGAGGCAAGGAUUUUGAGCAGGACAUCCUGGAAGACAUGUACCAUGCCAUCAAGAAUGAGGAAAUUGUGAUGCCGGAGGAACAGACAGGCUUGGUUCGGGAGAACUAUGUCUGGAAUGUUCUUCUUCAUCGUGGUGCCACUCCCGAGGGCAUAUUCCUGCGUGUGCCUACCGGCAGCUAUGAUCUUGACCUCUUCACCAUGACCUGGGGACCCACUAUUGCUGCUCUCUCUUACGUCUUUGACAAGAGCCUUGAGGAGACAAUCAUCCAGAAAGCCAUCUCAGGCUUCAGGAAAUGCGCCAUGAUUGCCGCCCACUAUGGCCUCAGCGACGUAUUUGACAAUCUCAUCAUCUCUCUGUGCAAAUUUACAGCUCUCAGUAGUGAGUCUAUUGAGAACCUGCCCAGUGUAUUUGGAAGCAACCCUAAAGCCCACAUUGCAGCCAGGACAGUUUUCCAUUUGGCUCAUCGUCAUGGUGACAUCCUGCGGGAGGGCUGGAAGAAUAUCAUGGAGGCCAUGCUGCAACUAUUCCGAGCCCAACUGCUACCCAAGGCCAUGGUGGAGGUUGAAGAUUUUGUGGAUCCCAAUGGCAAGAUUUCUCUACAACGAGAAGAGACUCCUUCAAACCGAGGAGAGUCAACAGUGCUGAGCUUUGUGAGUUGGCUGACUCUGAGUGGACCUGAGCAGUCAAGUGUGCGGGGUCCAUCCACCGAGAACCAAGAGGCAAAGAGAGUAGCAUUGGACUGCAUCAAGCAAUGUGACCCAGAAAAGAUGAUCACAGAAAGUAAGUUCCUGCAGCUGGAGUCCCUACAGGAGCUCAUGAAGGCUCUGGUCUCAGUGACACCAGAUGAAGAGACAUAUGAUGAGGAAGAUGCUGCUUUCUGUUUGGAGAUGCUGCUCAGGAUUGUGUUGGAGAACAGGGAUCGUGUGGGCUGCGUGUGGCAGACAGUCCGAGAUCAUCUGUACCACCUCUGUGUCCAAGCACAAGAUUUCUGCUUCCUUGUGGAGCGAGCAGUAGUGGGCCUGCUGCGCCUGGCCAUCCGGCUGCUCCGAAGGGAGGAGAUCAGUGGCCAGGUAUUGCUCUCCCUGCGAAUUUUGCUGCUGAUGAAGCCCAGCGUGCUAUCCCGAGUCAGCCACCAGGUUGCCUAUGGGCUCCAUGAACUCCUUAAGACCAACGCAGCCAACAUCCACUCGGGCGAUGACUGGGCCACUCUCUUCACACUGCUGGAAUGCAUCGGCUCAGGCGUGAAGCCUCCAGCUGCUGCUCUACAGGCCACAGCCAGGACUGAUGCACCUGACACUGGGGCCCAGUCUGACAGCGAGCUCCCAUCCUACCAUCAAAAUGACAUGAACCUGGACAGAGGGUACACUUCCGACUCAGAGGUCUAUACUGACCAUGGCCGGCCUGGAAAGAUACACCGAUCAGCCACAGAUGCUGAUGUAGUCAACAGUGGUUGGUUAGUGGUAGGGAAGGACGACAUUGACAACUCCAAGCCGGGCUCGGGACCCAGCCGGCCAGGCCCUUCCCCGCUGGUUAAUCAGUACAGCCUAACAGUGGGAUUGGAUCUGGGGCCACACGACACCAAGUCCUUGCUUAAGUGUGUGGAAUCGCUGUCCUUCAUUGUCCGUGAUGCUGCCCACAUCACACCCGACAAUUUUGAACUCUGUGUGAAAACUCUGCGCAUCUUUGUGGAAGCCAGUCUGAAUGGUGGAUGCAAGUCCCAGGAGAAACGGAGCAAGAGUCACAAAUACGACAGCAAAGGAAACCGCCUUAAGAAGAAAACCAAGGAGGGCUCAAUGCUUCGGAGACCUCGGGCCUCCAGCCAACAUGCCACUCGGGGUGGGCAUAGCGAUGAAGAUGAGGAUGAAGGCGUGCCUGCCAGCUACCAUACGGUGUCUUUACAGGUCAGUCAGGACUUGCUAGACCUGAUGCACACCCUGCACACACGGGCAGCUUCUAUCUACAGCUCAUGGGCAGAGGAGCAGCGCCAUCUGCAGACAAGUGGCCACAAGAUUGAAGCUGAUUCACGUACCCUCUGGGCCCACUGCUGGUGCCCUUUACUUCAGGGCAUCGCCUGCCUGUGCUGUGAUGCUCGGCGGCAGGUGCGGAUGCAGGCACUCACCUACCUGCAGCGAGCACUGCUGGUACACGAUCUGCAAAAGCUCGAUGCCCUGGAGUGGGAGUCAUGUUUCAACAAGGUGCUGUUUCCUCUCCUGACCAAGCUCUUGGAGAACAUUAGCCCUGCAGAUGUUGGUGGGAUGGAGGAGACCCGGAUGAGGGCCUCCACACUGCUCUCCAAGGUCUUCCUGCAGCACCUGUCUCCACUGCUGUCACUGUCCACCUUUGCGGCCCUCUGGCUGACCAUCCUGGACUUCAUGGACAAGUACAUGCAUGCAGGCUCCAGUGACUUACUGUCAGAGGCCAUCCCCGAGUCUCUGAAGAACAUGCUGCUGGUGAUGGACACGGCUGAGAUUUUCCACAGCGCGGAUGCCCGUGGAGGAAGCCCCUCGGCCCUCUGGGAGAUCACCUGGGAGCGCAUCGACUGCUUCCUGCCCCACCUCCGAGAUGAGCUCUUUAAGCAGACCGUCAUCCAGGACCCCGUGCCCGUGGAGCCUCACAGCCAAAAGCCUCUCAUCUCAGCCCACCUCGCCCCUGCCGCUGGGGACCCCAGGACCCCCAGCCAUCCUCCUGCCCCAGAGAUACCUUCUGAGCUGGGGACGUGUGACCUGGAGAAGCCUGAGGGCCCCCGAACCAGCAGCAGCUCGCCCAGCUCACCGGGGGCCCCCAGCCCCAGCAGGCUGAGCCCCACCCCUGAGGGGCCAACACCGCGGGCUCAGUCCCCACUGAUUCUGCAGCCUUUGGCCUCCCCACUGCAAGUGGGCGUGCCACCCAUGACUCUGCCCAUCAUUCUCAACCCGGCACUCAUUGAAGCCACCUCUCCAGUGCCCCUGCUGGCCACUCCCCGCCCCACAGACUCCAUCUCCACCUCCGAGGUCAACUAAGGCAGGCCCUGCACGCAGCAGGACAGAAACUUACCACCAGGCUGUCCCUGGCCCUGCUACCAGCUGUCCCAGAGGCCACAGUCUCUUCAAGCCCAGGCCAAGCUGCUACCGCUGCCCCUUGGAUUGGGAAAAAGAAUUUCUGUAGCCCCCUCGCUGGGACCCCUGAUGAACUGCAGGAUCUUCUUCCUCCUCUGCUCUUCAGUCCUUGGAAUUCAACCAGAGAGCACACGAGUGCCACCUGCAGCCUUUCUCUGGCUUGCAUCUCUGGGGAGGCAUCCCGGUGCCAACCCUACAGUGCCUGCCUAUGUGCCCUGCUGCCCAUGGUCAGGCUGAGAGUCAGGCCCAACCACUCUGCACUUUGUCCCCCUCUGCCACCUGAUGCCCCUCAGCCCUGGAGCAUCUUCCUCUGGUGCUUCCUCUCCUGUAUGAAUUAGUUGGUCAGUUUGGAGAGUUAAUCAGCACCAUAGAUUGUGGGCUGGUGGCUUGACGGGGGGCUGCCCGCAGGAGCAUGUACAUAUAGGAAAAUGGGACAACGAUGGACUUUUUAUGAUGUAAUAAAUGUCUUGGUAUCAA